CAUGAUGGGCGGGCAAGUUGCAGGAAGAUGGGGAGAAGUGGUUCAAUGGAGGAGGACUUGCUACUGCGGGAUGAAGACAAUAAGAAGAGGAGAGGAGGUAGGAAAGGUGGAGGAGAGAAUAGCGGCGGCGGCUAUGGCGGCGGAUCAAUGAGGUGUUGCCAAGUUGAAAAGUGCAGUGCUGAUCUGAGCGACGCUAAGCAGUACCAUAGGCGGCAUAAGGUCUGUGAGCACCAUGCUAAGGCGCAGGUCGUCAUCAUCGCCGGACUCCGGCAACGUUUUUGCCAGCAAUGCAGCCGAUUCCAUGAGGUGGGGGAAUUCGAUGAUGCCAAGAGGAGUUGCCGGAGGCGUCUGGCCGGACACAACGAGCGGCGGAGGAAGAAUUCCGCGGCGGAUUCCCAUGCAGCUGAAGAAGGCACCAGCCGCGCGCAAAUAAUUCAAGUUGAUGAACACGGAAGGAUAUGAUUCAUAUAUGUAAUAUAUAUAUGAAUAUCAAUAUCAAUAUGAUAUAACUAAUAAUAAGAUAAUACCCGCAGCUUUCAUAUAAUAAAAAUGAGGUUAUAUAUAUAUAGCUUGGUUGAAUUGAGGCUUACUAUAUAUCUGGUGGUGUAUUUUACUUGUGCAAUUUAUUAUGUAUUAAUUUUUAUUUAAAUAAAAUAAAGUUUGAGA